ACUCCAUCAGUCUUCACCAUGCCUCCACGACCAAACUUUUAUUCUCAAGUUAGGCCGUAUGGAACUGUUGCUCGUGAUGAAUGUAGUUUUUGUAAACAGAAAGGUCAUUGGAAAUCACAAUGUCCAAAGUUAGGUAAAGGAAAGCAGCAGUAUGCUCAGCAACAGCCCCAUCAGCAGUCUCAGCAAUGGAGUUACCGACCACCAGCUCCUCAUAAUGGACCUCCUCUUCUUCCUCGCCCUCACAAUGCAUUGACGACUUCUUCUUUAGAUCCAUCAAUGGUUGAGCAGUUUCAACAGUUCCUUGCAUCUCAGUCACAUGCCAUGGCAGCUUCAUCUCAAAUAGGUUUGUCAUCUAGUUCGUCAGGAUCCAAAGUCUCAGGAAGUGAUUGGGACCGGCCAUAGGGAAGGAGGACUUUAUAUAUUGGAUCAGCUCAAAACUCCUAAGAUUGCGGCUGCUGUUCCUAGUGUGGAUGUUUCGUCUUUUCGUUUGAGUCAGUCUUCUUCUGUGUUUUAUUUGUGGCAUUCUCGCCUUGGUCAUGUCUCUAGAUCUCGAUUACA